AUGGAAAGUGAAGGACCGAUGACGGCUUGGCCGAUGAAGUGCUACUACUACCGUAAAACCAACAGCCUUCCAAAGUUCCGCGUUGGUGGUACCGUGUCGAUUUAUCGUAGUCAGCUCUGCUUACGGCCAAAGUUUUUCAAGCCGUUUUUCGUGGAUCUGGUGUCGAUUGGAUAUAUAGAAUCCCAGGAAAACCUCUUGGACCUUCGGGGUUGCCAGUUCCGGUUGAUGAUCUCGUUGGGGGAAUUUUGCGAGGAAGUGCGGGAUUGGCUUCGAGUCAUCGUUCUUCGCGCUAGAGUGCCUCAUACUUUACUGGGAAGACCACUGGAUUGGCAGGUAGAAGAGCCCCGACAAAUGGACAUGAGCGCCGUCUCCCCCCUGUCGUGCUUCAAGCUGUGGACCAAGAAUCGGGCGCAGAAGCCCGCUAUUGAAUAU